CUCGCAUCCUUCACGUCUAACACUUCAAUCUCACCAUGUCGGAGCAGCCUGAUCGCGGUCUCGGUGUGGGGUCUAGUGGAUCACCGCCUCCUCCCGCCGGUCCGCCGGCUCCCCCGCUCCCGUCUCCAUGCUUUGUGCAUUCGUAUCUCGAUGCGGGUCUAGGCUCCUCUGCUCGCAGAACGUGGCCAAACAGAAGCGAUGCGCACGUCCAUACAUCGAGAGAGCGAGGUGCGGAGGUCUAUGCUCCCGGGGGCUACUUUGAAAGCGAGCACAAGAUGCGAUCGAGUCCGCGAAUUGCCGGCCCCAGGCCUCGUCGCAGGGUCCACAUCCCUCCCUCCCAUCGGCAUUCUAGAGGAGCAGCCGAGCCGAGCAGCGAGAGCUCGCACAGCGGGAGCGAAGGCGGGUGCAGUACAGGCGGCUCUGUAUCGGAUGAGGAAGGGGAUAGCGAGAGCGAUCACAUGCGGAGCUUGACGCGACAGCUUGCCGAGACUGCAGUCGGCGUGCGAGAGAUGAGCAAGCAGCUUGGUCAAGCAAGAGUCAAGUCCAACAUCCACUCGGUCUUGAUCAUCACAAAGGCGCGAGAUAAUCAUCUCAUCUCAUUGACGCGUGAGCUCGCCAUCUGGUUGAUGCAGACGCCCAGGAGGGGCAGAGAUACGGGACUUGUCGUCUACGUCGACUCGCAGCUGCGCAACUCUAAGCGUUUUGAUGUAGAAGGCAUACGACGAGACCACCCGCAAUUCUUUGAUCGCGUGCAUCGUGGUCAGCAUUCGUCGCAAGCCUCCGCCUCCACUCCCAAAAGUGCAGGCUUCGAGACGCCAAGUGCUGCAUCAAGCGCUUCGAGCAGCUCGAGCCAGUCUCGUGAAGAUGGGCAGCUCCGAUUUUGGACGAGCGACAUGUGCAGCCGUAGUCCGCACCUGUUCGAUAUCGUCGUGACACUCGGUGGAGACGGUACGGUACUAUUCUGCUCUUGGCUGUUCCAGCGAAUCGUUCCUCCAGUGGUGCCAUUCGCACUGGGCUCGCUUGGAUUCUUGACCAAUUUCGACUUUUCCAACUACGCCAAGGUGAUGAAUUCAGCCCUUGAGGAUGGGAUACGAGUCAACUUGCGCAUGCGUUUUACAGCAACCGUAUACCGCGCCACCCUGCCUACCGGCUCUUGCGAGCGGAAACGGCAACGCGCCAUCAGGAGCGGCAAGACUGGAGAAAUUAUUAUGCGCAAUAUUGCCGAGGGAGGUUGGGACAGAAUCGAGUCCCCUGUUCCGCAGGGGUCCGACUUGCGGGGCCACAUGUCAGAGAAUGGUAGAGAUCCGGGCAACAACGACACUAGGCCCGCUGGCCCUCCCCCUCCUGCUGCGGCGAUACCCCAGCAGCGCAAAGACAAGGAGGUCAUGUGCUUCACAACGCGCCCAGUCGAAACGUUCGAAGUCCUUAAUGACUUGGUGGUCGACCGCGGGCCAAGUCCCUACGUCAGCCUGCUGGAGGUCUUUGGCAAUGAGCAUCACAUGACCACCGCACAAGCAGACGGGUUGUGCAUCUCCACGCCCACCGGCUCGACGGCGUACUCUCUUUCCGCUGGAGGAUCGUUGGUGCACCCGGAAAUCCCUUCUAUAUUGAUCACGCCAAUCUGCCCUCACACGCUCUCAUUUCGGCCCAUGCUGCUCCCAGAUAGCAUGGAGCUACGCAUCGCGGUGCCAUACAAUUCGCGCAGCACAGCUUGGGCAAGCUUUGAUGGCAGAGGUCGAGUCGAGCUCAAACAGGGCGAUCACAUCAAGGUCACCGCUUCACGGUAUCCAUUCCCAACGGUCUGCGCCGAGAACCAAUCCAUCGACUGGUUCAAUUCCAUUUCUCGUACGCUCAAGUGGAACGAGAGGCAAAGACAAAAGUCGUUUGUGGUGGUGGAAGAGGGCGCGGAGAAGAGCUCGUCAUCAGAGCCGAAAGAAGGUCAGCGAAGCGAAAAGAGCCAAUCAGGUAUGCAAGGAGCGGGAAACGAGACGGAUGACAAUGAAGACGAUGUAGAAGCAGAGGCCGAGACCGAGGCAUUCGACAUUGACGAUACCGAUACAGCUGCGCCGACGCGAACAGCUAGCCCUGACCCGGAUCCUCCCCGGUCAGCGGCAUCGCUGAAUCAAUUUGUAAGGCGCAACUCUGUGCGCUCGAGGACGAGCAGCGGUCAUCACCACCAUCAUCACCCCAACGGCCGCACAAUCAGAUCAGCGCCCACAAGCAAUCGAGCUUCAUCCGAGCAUCUGAACAGAUUUGGCAUGGCUCCACUGACACGCGGAGACAAGCCAACGACGAGCGAAUCCUCUCCUUCCGAUACCAGCAGCAGCCCCUCCGCGGCCGGCCUUGAGAAAUCCGAGCGCGAUCAGAAAUUGCUCAGUAGUCCGGAUCGGUUCGGUUUAGCGGGACCGCCCAUGCCUCCGCGCAGCAUCAGCGAGCGUCACUUGGCCAGCGCCGACUUUAGGCUGGACGACCCUUCGCCGGGACCGAGCGAAGCGCCACUGUCCCUGUCUUCUCAAGAUUCGGCUGGACUUCCUCGGCAAGCUGCAGAACUGCAGGCACAGACUCGCAGGUUGAGUGGAGAAGCGCAAGCACAGACGCGAGGUCAAAGCGGCGAAGGAGCAAGUACGGCAUCGCAGCCGCGCCAGGGUACGGAUGCAGCAGCACCUGCCGGCACGGAGACGAAAUCAUCCAUUGCUUCCCGGCGCUCGUCCUCGCAGCGCAAACAAUCUCGUCAGAAGAAGGUGGCGUCGGUCGACCCGAACGGACGUAGAUCGAGCGGGGCGGGUGCCGCUCUGAUCGUGUAUGGACAAGACGAGUCUGACUCGGAUGAUCUGACCGAAUGAGGCGAUGCAGCCAAUCUCAUGUCCACGAUGUGCAUCAUUCUUGUGGUCGUCGGUGGCGCAUGUGUGGUGGUGUCAUUGCGAGAGCGUCCAAGGCGAGCGUCCAAGGCACGGGUGCUGCCGUAUGGUACAGACGUAAGGUUGAAUUGUCGGGAGUCGCGCGUGCGAAUCCUUGCCCGCCUGCUUCGCGCCCUUUGCGCCCUAAAGUCCAAAGUCUCGUCCAUCCUCUGGCGCGUCGCUGAUCUUCUUGCCGCCUCCGGACUUGCUUUUUCGACUUCUUCCCCACGCAACGCGCACUUCUUUGCCAUCAAUCAAGACCUUGACUGCGCAGCGCAUAGCUGCGCUCUCCGCAUCUUCUCGCCUUUUGAAAUUGACAAAGGCGCACUUUGACGUGGGGACGUGGGUGAUGGACUUGAUGCUUUCGGGCGCUAGAUUGGGCACCGUCGUCACAAAGUAUGUCCGCAAAGAGUCCUCGGUAGC